AGGGGCGGGGAGCGAUGGAGACAGAAGGCCUCUCUCCCCAGAGAGCGGUCUGGAGGGCGGGCAACUGCACUGAAAAAUCGAGAAGUUGCAGGACUAAUUAUUUCAUCUGUCCGAAGCAGGCUCCGCACGCCUUUCAUUCCCCGCAUCCCUCCGCCCUCCCCCACCCCGACCCGAGAGAGGGAGCGGGGGCGGCUGACGGCGCGGGGGGCGGGCUGAAAGGGGCGGUGCGGCGCAGCCCCUCCCAGUUGGCUGUUGCUGUUGUUUGUACUUAGUUGCUUUAUAUUUCGGUGAAAACAGUCGAAAGUGCAGUGGAGCCUCCGGAUUGCAGCUGACGCAUCUGCCCAGUGCAGGAGGAAAGGACAGAUUGGCGGGGGGACCCAGCCCUGCGAAGUGCUCCGGAGACCAUGACCCACAAAAGAAUUGCCGUGAUUGGGGCAGGUGUGAGCGGGCUCACGUCGAUCAAGUGCUGUCUAGACGAAGGCUUGGAGCCCGUCUGCUUUGAAAGGACAGAUGACAUCGGGGGGCUCUGGAGGUUCCAGGAAAAUCCUGAAGAAGGAAGAGCCAGUAUUUAUAAAUCAGUGAUCAUCAAUACUUCUAAGGAGAUGAUGUGCUUCAGUGACUAUCCUAUUCCAGAUCAUUUUCCUAACUUCAUGCACAACUCCCAGGUCCUGGAGUACUUCAGGAUGUAUGCCAAAGAAUUUAACCUUCUAAAGUAUAUCCAAUUGAAGGUAGGAAAUUUUGUGGGUACCUUUGUGUUUGAGGUUGUUUGUCAAUUACAUGAACAAUGUGGUUUGAUUUACCAGUGCUUACCCAUAAAUAUUGGUUUGAUAUCAAUGUAUCUAUCCUAUCUGGACAAAGACUGCACUCUUUGUCUUCUCUGUGCCAUAAACUAUCACCUGAUAAUUAUUCUCCCUUAUCUUGCAGGAAUUGAGAAGUUCAAAGGACAGUACUUCCAUAGUCGAGAUUAUAAGAAUCCAGAGAGAUUCACUGGAAAGAGAGUCAUUGUAAUUGGCAUUGGGAAUUCUGGAAGCGAUCUGGCCGUGGAGAUUAGCCACACAGCCAAGCAGCCAAUAUCCAUUAGACCUUUCCCAAAUUCCAUGGAUAGACCAAGACGGAGGCCCUUGGCAUCUUGUUUAACCGCCUCCAUCAAAACAGAAUUUUACUUCCAUGUGACUGAUUUCUCUCUCCCUCCCUGCCCCCAUGAUCACUCUUCUUUCUUUAUUUUUGGCCUUCAUACUACUCACAGAGCUCUGAGUCAGCAUCCAACAGUCAAUGAUGACCUGCCAAAUCGUAUCAUUUCUGGCUUGGUGAAGGUGAAAGGAAAUGUCAAGGAAUUCACGGAGACGGCUGCCAUAUUUGAAGACGGCUCCAGGGAGGAUGACAUUGAUGCUGUGAUCUUUGCCACAGGCUACAGCUUUGCUUUUCCUUUCCUUGAAGAUUCUGUCAGGGUAGUAAGAAACAAGAUAUCUCUGUAUAAAAAAGUCUUCCCUCCUAGCCUGGAAAAGCCAACUCUUGCCAUCAUAGGCUUGAUCCAGCCCUUGGGUGCCAUUAUGCCCAUUUCAGAGCUCCAAGGACGCUGGGCCACUCAAGUAUUUAAAGGGCUAAAGACAUUGCCCUCACAAAGUGAAAUGAUAACAGAAAUAACUAAGGCUCAAGAGCAAAUGGCAAAAAGGUGA